AUGUGCGAGUUGCAAGAAGUAUUGCAACAAAUGGGAUUGAUAAGCCGUAAAGAAUAUAGCACCUACUUGAGUUCGGAAAAGGUGCCUUUGACCUUGGCAGGUAAGGUCGCCAUUGUGACAGGUGGAUCACGAGGUAUCGGUGCUGCGGUGGCUAUUGAGCUUGCCAAGCGCGGUACAAACGUUGCCAUUACUUUUGUAUCCCCGAGCAGCGAGCGCCGCGCGGAGGAAGUGAUCUCUAAGAUAAGCGGUUUCAGAAACGGCUCCCGCGCUAUUAAGAUCCAUGCCGAUAUGCACGACCUUGCAGCUCCGCAGAAGAUAAUCGCUGAGACGAUCGCUGCCUUUGGUGAUGCAAUAGACAUCUUAGUCAAUAACGCCGGCUCCGCACAGGUUGCACCGCUUGGGGAGAUCACUCCAGACGAUGUCGCGGAUCUCGUCAACGUCAACAUUCGCAGCGUUGUCUUUACCACACAAGCUGCUUUGCCACAUCUGCGCAGCCCUGGGCGUAUCCUCAACCUUGGCUGUACACUGAGCCGUGUCGCGCAACCGGCUGGUAGCGUGUAUACCGCAACGAAGGCCGCCGUUGAGGCAAUGGCCCGCUGCUGGGCCGCCGAGCUAGGUCCCGCUGGUCACACUGUCAACAGUGUUGCGCCAGGUCUCACCGGCACAGACAUGAAUGCGCACGGCACCGCACUGCCGGAGCAAACUGUCGGGGUUUUGAAGGCGAUGACGCCCAUGGGGCACAGGCUCGGCACGCCUGAGGAUAUUGCACUUGUGGUGGCAAUGCUCACAGAGCCAGCGAGCCAGUGGAUAACCGGACAGACCAUCCAGGCUUGUGGAGGAAAUUAUAUGUCUUAG